AUGCAAACACAGGAGAUUCAAGGCCUUCGUCAGGGACUAUUCAAAUUAAAUGAAAAAUACUUGAAACAGAUCGAGCAUACCGUCAUUGCUGAACAAGCUCGCACUGCAGUUGAACAGGAACUUGAGGAGCUCUCCUGUAAAUUGUUUGAAGAAGCAAAUAAGAUGGUAUCAAAAGAAAGACGAGCACUCUUCGAUGCUCAAAAGAGAAUUGAACAACUUGAACGAACGUUAGAGAGGGUACAUGAAGAAUUAAAUCAUGAACAUGCUCAACUUGAAGAAUUAAGAAAGAAAUUCCAAGAGCAG